AUGUCAAGCCUCACACCAGAUCAGUUGGUCGAUAUACUGAACUCAUCGUCAGCUCUUGAGAGCAUCUUAGAUGGAAACAUGCCUAAAGCAAUCGAGAAUUCCUUGAACGAGCCAGCGUUGAGAGCAUUGGAGAUGUAUAGUUCUGGAAACCCAUUGCAAGAUCCACUACAUCAUAAUUUCGUCAGGGGAAUUGGCCCUGAGCUUCAAGAUUCUCACGUCAUCCGAACUGCCCAGGGACUCACAACUCCAGAGACCAUCAAACGAUAUUUCGACGGCAUCAUAUCGCAGCAUCCCAUGGACCUUCAAGAGAUGAUGGAAAACUCGGAAGCUGGUAAACUCACAGUCAUAUCGCAAGAUGGAAGUAUCGAGGUUUGGGGGAACGAUAAUAUGACAAAAGAAUUGAGUGUGGUAUUCCCGGACGAAACGAUAUAUAUUGAAAAGCGAGAAGACCCCGACGUCAUCUAUAGAGAGCUGGUAAAAUGGGGUUGCUCGUUGAUAACGACAACAGAACCAAAUGCUAUAAGUGUGGAGGUGACCAAAGAUGGCAAGAAGCUUUAUUCCGAUGGCAUGUCAAGUGGGAUCGCAUUUGUUCACAGUGAAGGAAUGGUGGGACAGAACAAAGUCACAUAUGAUUGGUCUACUUGUCCUGGGGUAUCGGUGGAUUCAAAAGAUGAACCAGAUGUGAAAGCGAAGUUGUCCAUGCAAGGUAAUCCGAUCUUGAGGUAUGAGAUGAUGGAGGGAAGGAGACGCUUUGUUUCAUAUAUCUUGGGCGAGCGAGGAGCUUCAUCCGGAACCUCCGGUGGGGACUGUUCAUCCGUAAACGGAAGCAACAUUCAACGAUCCGUACCAACCAAGAAGGCUGAGAAACCAGACAAGACUGAGUUAUCGUACCAAGAAUUAGAAGACGGUGGUGUUUUGGUCCAGACCCGCAAAAAAGGCGUCUCUGAUCCUGAAAUCACCUUGACCGACAAAGGGGGCGCACAAGACAUAAUAUUACAAUUGAAUGGAGGAAGUCUAGGAUACUUUACCAGACAGGAUGAUGGAGGAGUUGACACAUUGACUGUGUUGGUAGUGUAUGAUGACGAACAAGGCGUUCUUGCGGAAUGGAAAAUAGAUUCGACCAGAGGGGAAGGAGAGUCGGAUUCGGAAGUAGACGACGAAUUGGAAAGCCCUCAAGACCCUAGGAUUGACACAUAUCUAGGAGCAACAGACAGCAGCGCUACGAAAACUGCCUGGGAAGACAGUCUCGGAUUUGUGAUUCCGAAGGGGAGGCCGACCGUAGCCCUUGAUCGAAGUUCAAUCAUCCCGGUUACAACAGAUCUUGAGGCAUAUCUGAAAUUCGAUGGAACGCGACUGGCGAGGUGGGCUAAUGAGAUCGAGAUGUGA